GAGCACCGGCCUCUCACCAGUACCGAUCUUCAUGUUAUCGCCCGCGAAAGUGAACUCGAUUUCAUAACAUAACACACAUACACACACAAUAAAAAUAAAAAAUAGUUGAUAUAUUUUUACAUUUUUUUUUUUUUUACCUCUCCAGUGAUUCUCGCCCAUUAUUUCCAAAACAUUUUCACGGUUCACCAUCAAACGAAGCUCACAAGAUGAUGGUUUAUCUACUCGCGUCCGUCCUGCUCCUCGCUGUAUACCAAGUUCACGGCCAGAGGGAAGAGUUCAAGUGUCCGGACGACUACGGUUUUUACCCGCACAGCGUGUCGUGCGACAAAUACUGGAAAUGCGACAACAACGUAGCCGAGCUGAAGACUUGCGGUAACGGGCUGGCGUUCGACGACACCGACCCCAAGUAUUUGAAGGAGAACUGCGACUAUCUGCACAACGUAGACUGCGGCUCCAGGACACAAUUGGAACCGGCCAUCGGAUCGUUGCACUGUCCUAGAUUGUACGGAAUCUUUCCGGACGACGUCAAGUGCGACACCUUCUGGAACUGUUGGGGAGGAGAGGCUAGCAGAUACCAAUGUUCACCCGGUCUAGCUUACGACCGGGAGUCAAGAGUGUGUAUGUGGGCUGACCAAGUACCGGAGUGCAAGAUCGAAGAAGUAGCGAACGGAUUCAGCUGCCCGGCCGCCGGCGAACUUUUGGCUUCCAUAGGAUCUUUCAGCAGACACGCUCACCCGGAAGACUGCAGGAAAUACUACAUCUGCAUGGAAGGUACCGCCAGGGAAUACGGUUGCCCGAUCGGCACCGUUUUCAAGAUCGGUGACACCGACGGUACCGGAAACUGCGAGAACCCCGAGGACGUUCCCGGAUGUGAGGACUACUACGGCGACCUGGACCUGAAGGCGAUCAGGAAGAGCGAACUGUUGUCCGGUCUGGAAAACAAGUCCAAGCAGUCGUCGUCGACGGAAUCCAAGGCGGCCCCGGCGGCGCCCAAACAACAACCCCAGAGGCAACAGCAGCAGUCCAGCAGGCCGCAGUCGCAACAGCAACAGAGGCCGCAACCUCAACCGCUUCCGGUCUCCUCGCAACCGUCCAAAGACUACGAAGACGCUUAAAUGGUGACCCACACACACACACUCAUACACACACCACACACACACACACACACACAAUCGUGCGCAAAAACAAUACGAGGACUUUUCGAAAGUUUUUAUAACUUUUUUUUUUUACUCCGAAAUUUACGGUUUUUUGAAUCGUGUGAGCACCGAAUCUUCUGAAGCCCUACUCCCCCCCCCCCCCGCCUUAAUACAAUCCAUCCGGCGUCUAAUCUCAUCGUCGCUAAUUUCAACACGUAUUGUACAGUGUUAUUAAAGACGAUUGCGUAUACGUGUAUGCAUUUGGGGGUGUUCACACAAUU